CUACAAAUACUACAGAUACUACUACUACUACUACAGAUACUACUACAAAUACUACAGAUACUGCUGUUUUUUCUGGCUGUCCAAAAUGAUGGAGGGGUUGUGGUGUUCUCUCUGUCAGGACGUGUUCUCUGCUCCGGUGUCGGUUCCGUGUGGACAUAACUUCUGUCAGAGUUGUCUGGACGAGCGCUGGAGGGACCCGGGCCCCGUGUCCUGCCCCGUGUGCGGCCGGAGCUUCUCCUCCAGGCCCCAGCUGCAGGUCAACACCUUCAUCAGCGCCGUGGUGGAACGCUACAAGAACCAGACCCGACCCGGACCAGGACCCGGACCAGGACCAGGACCAGGACCCAUGUCCGACCUGAGCCGCGCCGCAACAGAACCCAGAGGUGAACCCAGGAUCUCGUCCAGACCAGACCCAGGACCAGACCCAGGACCAGACCCAGGACCAGACCCGGGGACCAGGACCCAGAUGGUCCCUGUCCACUCGGGGGUGGGUCCUUACACCCUGACGAGCCGACAGGUGCAGAGGCGACAGGUGAAGAUCCAGGAGCUUCAGGCGGUGCUGGAGCAGAGCCAGAGGUCGGCCGACCUGAAGGCGGCGCUCGUGGUCAGGACCUUCAACGGCGUCGUGGAGGAGGUGCAGAGGAGCCUGGACUCCUUCACCCACGUGAUCGAGGAGACCCAGAGACAGACCCAAGACCAGGUCCAGACCCUGGUCCAAGACCUGAACCGCGAGAUCCAAGAACUGAGAGAGAGAGAAGCCCAAGACCAGCACAUCUACAUCUACGGACAGAGUUCUCCGCGUCCGGCCCUGAAGGACCUGAGGGAGUGGGACUCGAUGUUCGUGGAGCUGCCGCCAUUUGACCAGCAGGUGGCGCAGGUGGUGGUGGAUCUGGAGGAGCGCGUGGCCCUCAGACUCCGCCCCCUCCUGGAGACGCCGAGUCUGCGCCGGCUCAGGGAGUUCGCCGUGAGCCUGACCUUUGACCCUAAGACGGUGCGUCCGCCUCUGGAGGUGUCGUCAGACCUGAAGGAGGUUUUCAACCGAGAGAAGAAGAAGAAGAGCUCCUCAAAGUCCUUCCAGAUCCACCACGCCUCCACCAAACAGAGCUUCAACUGCGGACGCUUCUACUUCGAGGUGCAGGUGCAGGGGAAGAGUGAUUGGCAGGUGGGCGUGGCUCGCAGAUCCGCCCUCGCUCAGAAGAAGUUGACGUUUCUGUGUCCGGCGCUCGGGUUCUGGGCUCUGGGUCUUCGUGACGGGACCCAGUGCUCGGCCCUGGUCACCCCCCCGGAGCCUCUGGUCCUCAGGAGGCUUCCUCAGAAGCUCGGGGUGUUCGUGGACCACGAGCCGGGCCUGGUCUCCUUCUACGACGCCGACUCCGGACACCUGCUCCGCUCCUUCAACAACUGCGGCUUCAGGGAGGAGAUCGUGCCCCUGCUGUGCCCCGGCCCGACCGUCGGGGGGCGCAACGCCGCUCCUCUGGUCCUCCUCAGGGCCCCCCCCCCACCGGACCCGACCGGAACCCGAGGACCCUCAGCGACAGGAGCCGCCGGCGCCACGACGACAAGAUCACCCGAACAGGGACGAGUACCUGAGCGUGGAGUCUGAGUACUACAGCACGCAGCUCCGCCGCAGGAAGUAACGCCACAGUCCCACAGGAAGUGAGCACGGACCCGACCGGGCUCCACGGACCUCUGACCUCUGACCUCGCUCCACCUCGUCCUGGGGGUGAACUUCAACAUUUAGUCCAAAAAUUAAGAUUUGAACUUUUGUUUUUAGAUUCACAAACGUCAAACUGAUCAGAGCCCAGAGCCGCACCGUCUGAACCACAGUCUGUAACAGAGCUGCUGAUUGGUCGUCUGUGUGAGCUGCUGAUUGGUCGUCUGUGUGAGCUGCUGAUUGGUCGGUGGGAUGUGUGAUGUCAUGUCAAACACUUUUGGAUCAAUAAAUUUAGCCCCGCCCCUGAACACAAACUAAGUAAAGGGGCGGGGCCACGUAC